AUGCUAACCAGCAUCAGCUUCAUCUCUGAUUGGUUGUUUCUUCCUCAGGGACCUCGAGCCGCUUCAGCCCUCACGGCGGCGACCCUCACCUCGGAGGGCGGGACUUCCUCCCGGCGAGGCAGCGGGGAGACGGCGCUGACGGUGGACGCCGAUGGCUCCAUCCGGGACAUGAAGGAGAUCCAUGAGCUGAAAGAUCAGAUUCAGGAUGUGGAAACAAAGUACCAGCAGAACCUGAAGGAAGCGAAGGUACCGGCCUGAAGCGUCGCUAACUAACCGAGCUAGCGUUGCUAACUAACUGAGCUAGCUUCAGCUCAGUGCGUCGCUAACUAACUGAGCUAGCUUUAGCUCCGGGCAUCGCUAACUAACUGAGCUAGUGUCGCUAAAUAACUGAGCUAGCUUUAGC